UUGACUCUCUGUACAUGCUCAGUCUUGUUGCUGCUAUAAAUGGAGGCGGCCCUUUUCUUUUUUAAUUUUCUAAACUGUCAAAGAUACAUGUUGCAUAAAAUCCCUCAGUUUGGGAUAAAUUCGGAAGCUAAAAGACCGUAUAUGUUUGUUUAUCUUGCUUUAAUUAAUAGUUAGAUGGAGGAUCUACCUGAGUUUUGAGCUUACCUGAAUUUUUCAUCAUAAUAAAGUUUUUUUUUCCAUCCCAGUAUUGGCCAUUCUUGGUUUUCUAUCAAUCGCCUGGGCAAGUGCUACUGCUUGUCAAGAAAGGAUUGUUCAUGGAUUUACAUCGUGUUUUUGAAAAGAAAACAUAUUUUUUGUGUAUAUACAUACGAAAAAUCUCUGGAGCAAACUUGUGUCGCUACACACCCCAAAAGAAUGAAAUCUCUUUUGACUAAAAACUAAAGGCUAGAAUUUUAUUUAAGGAGACUAAUGAUGUUCGAGAUUAUAUAUAUAUAUAUAAUGAUAAAACUAGACCUACUCCAAUCGCUAACUAGGCUAAAAACUCUUCGGCAUACCAAUUUGCCUUUAUAGUUGUAUAAUUUUUACACAUUUGCUUUUAUAGUACUGAUUCAUUAUUUUACAUUGCAGUUAGAAUUGAUAGAUCCGAUUAUAUCUAUGUCAAAUAUUUAAAUAAUGUUAUGACAUUAUUAUUAUAUUUAUAAAGUAAUCUUUUUUUUAAAAAUAAAAUAUUAUUAAUUCAAAUAAGACCUCAGCAAUUUUUCUUUGGUACCUUUUGAAUCUGUGGGUCUGGCUGCUUGAUCAUUUCGUUUUCUGUCCACUAAAAUGGCGGCAGAGUCAACUCUGGAGCUGGAGCUACCGGAAUGUCCAGUUUGUCUCCAACAAUACGGUGACGUCUCAACCAUCCCGCGAGUCCUCCCCUGCGGCCACUCCGCCUGUGAAGACUGCUUGUCACAGAUACAAAACCCCUUUCCAGGUACAAUCCGCUGUCCAGCUUGUACUCAGCUUGUUAAACUCCCCAACCCCAUUUCUUCUCUCCCCAAGAACAUUGAUCUAUUACGCUUCUUUACUCUUACACACCACAACAGCAACGACAACUCAAAGGGUUCUCAUGUUUCAACCCAAAAAUAUGAUAAAGAUCCUAUUUUUAUCAAGCCCCCUUUAUGGUCUCAUGAGUUUUACUCAAAUUGGAAAACAUGGGUCCUGCCGGAAGACACUAUAAUCAUCGAAUCAAACGCUUCUGUCUCUUAUGGGAAGGUUUUAAAGGUCUCCACCAGCGUUUCUUCUAUGGGGUGUGUUUUGAAAGAGGGUGAAAAGGUUAGUCUUCUUGAAAUUGGAUAUUUUGCUAAGGGUUCAUGUUCGUGUAAGUUUGAAUAUAGUUAUGAAGUGAAACUUAUGAGUGUAUUGUAUGGAUUGAGUGAAGGGGAGAGGACUGAGUUGGAGUCAAUUAUUAAAGCAAGUUUAGCUCUUCAUGUAAUGUGUAAGGUUUAUGGAUUUUGGUACAAUACUGAUAAUCAUUAUGUCUACAUGGUUUCUGAGGCAUUUAGUGGGAGUUUGUUAGGGAAGAUGGGUGUGUUAAGGAAUGCAGUUGUUGAGAAAAAUGCUGAGGAAAAAAUCUGUAAUGCAGCUGAGUUUGUGAUAGUUGGUUUGGAUAUAUGUCAAAUGGUGAGUGAUUUGCAUUUAAGAGGAUUGGUUCUGGGUUUUUUGGGGCUUUCUUGUUUUGGUUUUGACAAGUUUGGCCGUGUUUAUGUUGAUAUUAGUGAAGUUUUGGCAACUGGAAGGAGAGUUUGCAAGCUACUCACAGAGGUUGUUGUUGGCAAGAGUGGAACUGCUAGUGAAGGUUUGGUGGUGAGAUUAAAAAAUAGCAUGGUGGAAGAUUGUAUUUUUGUUAGUCCAGAGGUAUUCUUUGAGUUGUCGAAACUGGGUGGCAUUGUGAUAGAUUUAGGCAGCUCAAGGUAUCAUGUUGGAUAUGGUUCUGAUAUUUGGUCAUUAGCUUGUGCAAUUAUUUCACUUCUAGUUGGGAAAUCUUUCGCUGAAGAGAUGCAGAAAUAUUUGAGUUAUCUGGUUAGUGCAGUAAGAGAUGAAAAAUGUCUUGAAUUUGUUAGAUGGUACAUGGAGUGGAGGCAAAAGAUUAUAACUCUAAUUGAAUGCAGUUUGGGGUCAGAGUUUGCUAAUAUGAAGGAGAUUCUCCUCAAAUGCUUGGAAUACAAUCCUGAAAGUCGGCCACUUAUAUUUGAAUUGUGGAAAAUAUUAAAGGUUCUUGUGAUCAAAUCUGAACUUGAUGAUGUAAAAGACUUAGAGCAGGAAAUAAGAAUGGAAAACAUGUGUAAUUGCUUAAUUCUUGAAGACUUGUGUCAGUCAAUCAAUAAGGUUACUAAAGAAUCACCGAGGUGCCUUGAUGAUACUUCUGUGGUGGAAAAUGCAAACACAGAGGAGGCUGAGGGGGUUGAAAACUUCGGGGCUAAUAAGGAUGUCGUUGAGGGCCUCUCCUGUGGUCAAGUGAAAUGCAUUGAUCUAAAAGGGCAUCGUAAUUGUAUCACAGGUUUAGCGAUUGGAGGUGGCUUUCUGUUCAGCUCGUCAUUUGACAAAAUGGUCAAUGUAUGGUCUUUGCAGGACUAUUCUCAUGUACAUUCAUUCAAAGGUCAUGAGCAAAGAGUUAUGGCUGUAGCUUUUGUAGAUUAUGGAGAACCGCUGUGCAUUAGUGGUGAUAAUGGUGGCACAAUUUGCAUUUGGCGAGCUAGCACUCCAUUAAGUCCAGAACCACUGAAGAAACUACAGGAGCAACAGGACUGGCGUUAUAGUGGUAUACAUGCCCUUGCUUUCUCUGCAAGCCAAUAUCUAUAUACUGGCAGCGGUGACAAGUCUAUAAAAGCAUGGUCUUUGCAGGAUUACAGUCUAUCAUGCACUAUGAAUGGCCAUAAAUCAGUUGUAUCUUCAUUAGCAAUAUGUGAUGAGGUUCUUUACAGUGGUAGUUGGGAUGGAACUGUACGGUUAUGGUGCCUUAGUGAUCAUAGUCCAUUGGCAGUUUUGGGGGAAGAAGCCCCAGGGAGUGUUUGCUCAGUUUUUUGUCUUGCUGUUGAUGAGAAUGUACUUGUUGCAGCUUAUGAGAACGGUUUGACAAAGAUUUGGUUUGCCGAUGUUCUGGUGAAAUCUGCUCAAGAACACGAGGGUGCCGUCUUUUCUGCUUGCAAGAAGGAGAAGUGGAUUUUUACAGGUGGCUGGGACAAGACUAUAAAAGUAAAGGAACUAUGUGGAGAUGGUGAACAGAUAGAUGCCUUUCCUCUUGGAUCUAUUACAUGUGAUUCUGUAGUAACAGCUCUACUCCACUGGCACGGGAAGCUCUUUGUUGGACAAGCUGAUGGAGUUAUCAAGGAAACAGCGAAUGAAGUGAGAAAAUCCUGGAGUGGGUUUAGUAGCUUGAACAACUGGGUUGUAAAAGAUUAUUACAGGUUGGUGAAUUCUGUGAAUUCCAUGGAGCCCCAAAUUCAGAAUCUUUCUGACGAGCAGUUGAGAGCAAAAACUCUAGAGUUCCGUCGCCGUUUGAGAGAAGGAGAGACACUAGCUCAUAUUCAAGCUGAGGCAUUUGCGGUGGUUCGUGAAGCUGCAAAAAGGAAGCUGGGAAUGCGCCAUUUUGAUGUUCAGAUUAUUGGAGGAGCAGUGCUCCAUGAUGGAGCUAUUGCAGAGAUGAAGACUGGUGAAGGGAAAACCUUGGUUUCCACGUUAGCGGCAUAUCUUAAUGCCUUAACCGGAGAGGGUGUUCAUGUGGUAACAGUGAAUGAUUACUUAGCUCAACGUGAUGCUGAGUGGAUGGGACGUGUUCACCGUUUUCUAGGUCUUUCUGUUGGCCUUAUCCAAAGAGGGAUGAAGAGCAAGGAGAGGAGAUCUAAUUACAGUUGUGAUAUAACCUAUACGAAUAAUUCAGAACUUGGUUUUGACUAUCUUCGAGAUAAUCUUGCCACUAGUCAUGAGCAACUUGUGAUGAGAUGGCCAAAGUCCUUCCAUUUUGCUAUAGUUGAUGAAGUUGAUUCAGUCCUCAUCGAUGAAGGCAGAAAUCCGUUGUUGAUAAGUGGUGAGGCUAAUAAGGACGCUGCUCGUUACCCUGUUGCUGCUAGAGUAGCUGAGUUGCUUAUUAAGGGUCUUCAUUAUAGCAUAGAGCUUAAGGAUAAUUCUGUGGAGUUAACUGAGGAGGGAAUUGCACUCGCUGAGAUGGCCCUAGAAACAAGUGACUUGUGGGAUGAGAAUGAUCCAUGGGCUAGAUUUGUAUUUAAUGCGUUAAAAGCCAAGGAGUUUUACAAGCGUGAUGUCCAAUACAUUGUUAGAAAUGGGAAGGCUCUUAUAAUUAAUGAGUUGACUGGAAGAGUGGAAGAGAAAAGGCGAUGGUCUGACGGAAUCCAUCAGGCCGUGGAGGCUAAAGAAGGUGUUAAAAUUCAGGCUGAUUCAGUUGUCGUGGCACAAAUUACAUAUCAAUCUCUAUUUAAGCUUUAUCCAAGGCUCUCAGGGAUGACUGGCACUGCAAAAACUGAGGAAAAAGAAUUCUUGAAGAUGUUUCAGGUGCCAGUAAUUGAGGUGCCGACAAAUUUGCCUAACAUUCGUAAAGAUUUGCCAAUUCAAGCUUUUGCUACUGCACGAGGAAAAUGGGAGUAUGUUCGUGAAGAAGUUGAGUUUAUGUUUCAAUUGGGUCGUCCAGUUUUAGUGGGGACAACAAGUGUUGAAAAUUCUGAAUACUUGUCUGACUUGCUGAAGGAAAGAAAAAUUCCACACAAUGUCCUCAAUGCCCGUCCCAAGUAUGCUGCAAGGGAAGCUGACACUGUUGCACAAGCAGGGAGAAAAUAUGCAAUCACCAUAUCUACUAACAUGGCAGGAAGGGGCACUGACAUAAUCCUGGGAGGAAAUCCAAAGAUGCUUGCGAAAGAAAUUUUGGAGGAAAGUAUACUUCCAUUCCUGACACAAGAUAUUCCCGAAGUUGAUAUUCAUGGAGAACCAAAUUCUCAAAAGGUUCUGUCAAAGAUAAAAGUUGGACCGUCAUCAUUAGCUUUGCUUGCCAAGGCGGCUCUGAUGGCUAAGCACGUUAGCAAAAAUGAGAGCAAGAAAUGGUCAUAUCAAGAGGCAAAGUCUAUGAUAUCUGAAUCCAUUGAGCUGAGUCAGUCUGUGGAGAUAAAAGAGCUACAGAAGCAGGCUGAUGAGCAGUCAGAAUAUUAUCCUCUUGGUCCAUCCAUUGCUCUAACUUAUGUAUCAGUUCUUGAAGAGUGUGUGUCCCACUGUUUGAAUGAAGGGUUAGAAGUGAAAAGGCUCGGGGGGCUUCAUGUCAUUGGCACUUCUCUGCAUGAGUCUAGGAGAAUCGAUAACCAGCUUCGUGGUAGAGCAGGCAGGCAGGGUGAUCCUGGAUCAACGCGAUUUAUGGUGAGUUUGCAAGAUGAGAUGUUUCAAAAAUUUAACUUUGACACCGAGUGGGCAGUGAAGCUUAUAUCCAGGAUUACAAAUAAUGAAGAUCUCCCGAUAGAAGGUCACGGAAUAGUUAACCAGCUUUUGGGUUUACAAAUCAAUGCUGAGAAAUACUUUUUUGGCAUACGAAAGAACCUAGUUGAAUUCGAUGAAGUUCUUGAGGUUCAAAGAAAGCAUGUUUACAAUCUUCGGCAAUUAAUUUUAACUGGAGAUUUUGAAAGUUGUUCAGAGCAAAUUUACAAAUACAUGCAAGCAGUGGUGGAUGAUGUUAUCCUUAAGAAUGUUAAUCCGCAAAAGCACCCAAGUAAUUGGUGCUUGGACAAAAUAUUAGAGGAGUUCAAAGAUGUUGCAGGUGAGAUAUUGAAUGAUUCAUUUGCUGAGAUUGACGAGGAAGCAUUACUUAAUUCACUUGUACAACUUCAGAAGUUUCAAUCCAUAUCUAUUGACAACUUCUCCCUUCCAAGUUUGCCUCCAACUCCAAAUUCUUUUAGAGGUAUACGUGGAAAGACCUCUUCUUUCAGAAGGUGGCUAGUUAUAUGCUCUGAUGAUUCAACCAAGUAUGGGAAGUAUAGAGAGAUGGUUAAUUUCCUCCGAAAGUACCUGGGAGAUUUCCUCAUUGCCAGCUAUUUAGAUGCCAUACAAGAAUCUGGAUAUGAUGCUAUAUAUGUAAAGGAAAUAGAGAGGGAAGUACUUCUGAAGACAUUAGAUUGCUUCUGGAGGGAUCAUCUUAUAAACAUGAACCGACUAAGUUCAGCGGUGAAUGUGAGGAGUUUUGGGCAUAGAAAUCCACUCGAGGAGUACAAGAUUGAUGGUUGCAAAUUUUUCAUCUCAAUGCUCAGUGCAACUAGGAGGCUUACUGUGGAGUCUCUCCUGCGUUAUUGGUCAUCUCCGAUGGAAUCUCAAGAGUUAUAUGUUUAGUAAGUUGCUGUCUUCUCAUAUGUGCUGUUGCUUCUUGUGAUCAGGAUACUUGGAUUCUCAUUAUCAUCUCCCAGUCUGAGGGAUGAUUGUUCUCAUCUUAUUCCUGGAUGCUUAGCCAGAUAUCAUUGGCAACUUCUGGAUAAAUCACCUCUGAACAGUUUUGAGUGACCACCUCAACACAUGAUACCAGUCAGCUUAGAAAUGGAAUGUAGAGCAUCAUCCUGUACAUGGUAGGGCUGUCGGAAAAAGACGAGAUUCAAGAAGACAAAGUAGGGAAAUUCCUUUGUUUCCACCGUGUGGACUUGUUAGAACUGUAGUAGUUGCAAGAUUGAUGAGGAUUGCUGUUGGGUACAUUUUGGCCUAUCUAAAAAGGGUGUUAACGAGAGGCCUUUCAAUAUGGUUAAAUGCACUAGGGAUGAGCUACAGACGGUCUCCACCAAAUUGUUAGGAAAGGCUUGUGGAAAUCUGAAUGGCAUGGAGGCUAGAGCUGAAUAUCUCUCAGAUCAUGCAUCAUUCUCGAGCUUCUCAUCUAAAGUGUAGUAAUGCAGGGAUCUUGAUUCUUAAGCUCAGCCUCUUUGUUUAGUUGUAUACAAAUGAUAUUGAAACAAACCUUCUCUUCAAAUAUCCUCCACAGAUUGUAUGCACCGUUGGUGGUUGCAAUUUAGGAGAGCAAGCUUUGGCAGACAGAUUACCUAUUAACCGUGCUGGUAAAUUGUAGCAGGCAACCAGUUGUAUUGUAGAGGCGCACUUAAGCUGAUCCCGACACCAUUGUCAUCAAAAUAUGUUUGUAACUAGGAAAAAAAUGCCCUGCUCCCUCCCUUCCUGCUGGAAAAAUAAUGAUCUGUGCAUAUUGUGCAAUAAUUUAUGCGUGUGAUUGGUACCAUAUGACCAUUAAUCUAUUGUUUUAGUUA